AUGUCUCUAAGACGCUCAGCCCGCAUCUCCACCACCACAUCCACCGUGCAAGAGCCAGCAGCCUACAAAAAGGUAACCCCCAAACCAUCCCCUGCCAACAACAAGCGGAAAAGCCGCGCCUCAACCACAACUACGUCGCCGCCGAAGCUCUCAAAGGAAGAAGCCGCAGAGUCGAUCUUCGCCCCAGGUGCCCCGCCCGUCUUCGCCGUCCCAGAGCUACCCGCAACACCCCUCCCCAAGCGCCGGAAAGCAGCGGGGGAGUCGCCAUUCAAACCCCCGCCGUUCACGCCGACGCCGUCUGGCGUAGGAUUGCUGUCUCAUACGCAUCCCGAGGAUGGAAAGCAUCCCUUGGAAAGCCCGAUCAACAGCAAGCCUCGUCCGGCAGAGCCACACGCCACCAAUGCGCCCCUGUCGACGCCAGGCGGGUCGCGAGUGACAGCAUACACGUCCUCGCCCUCGAAACCAUCAACGCCUUCAGCGUCGCAGGAAGCGCCUGGUGCGUCUCCAGCGAAGAAGCGCAAGGCGAAGGAGGUAGCACCGGACGUUGGCGUGUUGAACAAGCCGACGGCGACGAUUGACACGCUGCUGAAGGAUGCGGAGGAGUUUCUGUGUAAGGUGGAUCCGAAGUUGAGGCCGUUGGUGGAGAAGCAUAAGUGUAACGUGUUUAGUCCGGAGGGGCUGAGGGAGGUGGUGGAUCCGUUCACGGCGUUGUCGAGUGGGAUUAUAGGACAGCAGGUGUCGGGACAGGCUGCUGCUUCAAUACGCAAGAAGUUCACCGCAUUGUUCCCCGAAACCCACCCCUCCUUCCCCAGCCCAUCCCAAGUCCUCGUCAAAGACCUCCCCACCCUCCGCACAGCUGGCCUCUCCCAGCGCAAAGCCGAGUACAUCAGCGGCCUAGCCGAGAAAUUUGUCUCGGGCGAGCUAAGCGCCAGCAUGCUCAUCAGCGCGUCCGACGAAGAGCUGAUCGAGAAGCUCGUCGCCGUGCGAGGCCUUGGGCGGUGGUCGGUCGAGAUGUUCGCCUGCUUUGGGCUCAAGCGCAUGGAUGUUUUUAGCACGGGCGAUCUGGGCGUGCAGCGCGGGAUGGCCACGUACAUGGGCCGCGACACGUCGAAGCUCAAGGCCAAGGGCGGCAAAUGGAAAUACAUGAGUGAGGCUGAGAUGCUGUCCAUAGCGUCUGGCUUCGCGCCCUACCGGUCGCUGUUCAUGUGGUAUAUGUGGAGAAUCGAGGAUGUCGACAUCAGCGUCAUGGAUACGACUUGA